CUGCGGGCUCCGGGGGCUGCCCGCCCCGGCCCGGCCCGACCCACCAUGACCAUGAGCUCCGUAGCCGAGAGCCUGCUGGGGCCCGAUCCCUCCAAAGCCGCUUUCCUGGAGCUCGGGCACCCUUCUCCGCCGCACUACCCGCUGCACGGCCUCCACCCCUCCGGCCACCCCCAGCACGACCCACCGCCCUUCGCCUCCUACGGCCGGCCAGGGCCCUACACCUACACCGGCGGUGCCCCCCCGCCGCCCCACGGGGGUCCCUACCUGCCCUACCCGCCCCCCGCCGCCCAGCAUCCCCCGGCGGGGCUGGCCCACGGCUCCAGGCUGCAGGACGCAGAUCAUGAGAAGCCCCCGUCCAUCGCCAACGGGGACCUGCGUGUCAAUGGCAAGGGGAAGAAGCUGCGCAAGCCCCGCACCAUCUACUCCAGCCUCCAGCUGCAGGCCCUCAACCAGCGCUUCCAGCAGACCCAGUACCUGGCGCUGCCGGAGCGUGCCGAGCUGGCGGCGCAGCUGGGGCUCACCCAGACCCAGGUCAAGAUCUGGUUCCAGAACAAACGCUCCAAGUACAAGAAGAUCAUGAAGCAGGGCUCCAGCGCGCCCGACGGGGAGCACCUCCACACCACCACCUCCCUCUCCCCCUGCUCCCCCAACAUCCCCCCGCUCUGGGACAUGCCCGUGCCGGGCAAAGGGCCCCCCUUGGCCCCCAGCAGCUACAUCAACAGCUUCGGGGCCUGGUACCAGCCGCACCCGCAGGACACCAUCCCCCGGACCCCCAUGAUGUGAUGCUGCCGCGGCUCUGGCACCCACCGGCUCCGGGAGGGCCAGCAAGGUGGGGGGGGGAUGCUCUUCUGCCACCCCCACCGAGGGACCGGGGAGCCCAGCGAAGCCCUGGGGGACCCCAGCGAAUGGAGAAGGAGGAGAGGAGGAGGAGGAAAGUGACCACAGUCUACAGGGACAUGGGGAUCGCCUGCUCCAUCGUGGUCUGAAGUGAGACAGCACCAGCACAACGUCCCAGUGGGACAGGACUUGGCCUCCAGACACAGCCCCGGGUCCCACCAUUGAUGGACAUGGCUGGGGGGGGGACCCGAGAGGGGCUGGGAGGGUCCCCAGACCUCCCCAGCCUGGUUUUAUUUAUAAAUACCGUCCGUUAUUGUAUGUGCCCCCCCCUUCCUUUAUAAAUA